AUUUAUUUUCAGGAACGCCGGAUGACAGCUCUGAAGCUGCCGCCAAAUCCGGCCCCCGCGUAGCAGCGACCCAAACCGGCGGAAUGUCGGCGUGUGUAUGGGGGAACAGCCACUGAUCGCGCUUUUCUUCAUGGCGCCGCUGUGAUCCGCGUGUUCUUCGAGCACCCGCUUACCUGCGAAGGAGCCGGGAUUCGCGUCUAACCGCGCACGAUCAGGCUAAUAUGGAGAGUUCCGGGGACCCGAGCUGGAUGCUGAAGCCGGAAACGGCCUGCAAGUCCUGUGGGGGAAAGGAGCCUCCCGUUUCUGGAAAAGCUUUCCGUAAUAAACCAAAAGCCAGGAGCAUGUCCACCUCGGCUGUGCCCAGCUGUGCAGAGUUCAGGCGCACACAGUCACUACAUGGACCAAGUCCAGUGACCACAUUUGGGCCCAAAGCUUGUAUGAUGAAGAACCCAAAAGCAGUGAUGCAUAUUCAGGACCCAGCGAGUCAGAGGUUGACCUGGAACAAGCCACCCAAAAGUGUCCUUGUAAUUAAAAAGAUUCAGGAUGCCAGUCUUCUGCAGCCUUUCAAAGAGCUUUGCAUCUUCCUCACAGAGCAGAAAAAAAUGAUUGUUUACGUGGAGAGGAAAGUCCUGGAGGAUCCCGCCAUUUCAAACGACGAGAGCUUCGUGGCGGUGAAAAGGAGCUUUUGCACUUUUCGAGACGAUUAUGAUGAUAUCUCCAACCGGGUCGAUUUCAUCAUUUGUUUGGGAGGCGAUGGAACUUUGCUGUAUGCUUCCUCUCUCUUUCAGGAGAGUGUGCCUCCAGUUAUGCCUUUCCAUUUGGGCUCUCUGGGCUUCCUGACACCUUUCAACUUCGACACCUACCAAUCUCAGGUUACACAGGUUAUUGAAGGCAACGCGGCCAUCAUCCUGCGGAGUCGACUGAAGGUAAAGGUGGUGAAGGAAAACUGUGAGAAAACCAGACCAAAGGAGAAAAAUGCGAUCAUUGCAAAUGGGGACAGCGAGUCUGGCCGCAAAACUAUGCAAUAUCAAGUGCUGAAUGAGGUUGUUGUAGACCGAGGUCCCUCCUCCUACCUCUCUAACGUAGAUCUUUUCCUCGAUGGUCACCUGAUCACCACCGUACAAGGCGAUGGAGUGAUCGUGUCCACGCCGACAGGCAGUACCGCGUACGCCGUGGCAGCCGGAGCUUCCAUGAUCCACCCCAACGUCCCAGCCAUCAUGAUCACCCCAAUCUGCCCUCACUCGCUCUCGUUCAGACCCAUAGUCGUCCCUGCUGGCGUCGAACUCAAGAUUAUGCUAUCACGUGAAGCCAGAAACAACGCAUGGGUUUCUUUUGAUGGGAGGAAACGGCAGGAGAUUGGACACGGAGACAGCAUCACCAUCACCACUUCAUGCUUCCCCGUCCCAUCCAUCUGUUUCCGGGACCCGGUGAACGACUGGUUCGAAAGUCUGGCUCAGUGUUUGCACUGGAAUGUGCGCAAGAAGCAGAGCCACCUGAGCUCAGAGGAAGAGGAGUUUUGAAUAUUUAUUCAGAAGCACGUUGUUAUUGUUGUUUUUGAUUUUUUCCCUUCAUUGUUUUUUUUUUUGUUUUGUUUUUUUUUUUUAAUGCUUACACGUCGUACCACUUUCGACCAGAGACUUUCAUGAAGCAAAUGCUUCUUGGUCACUAUUGUGUGUGUUUGUAACAUUUUUUAAUAGAAAAAAAAAUUCCUAUUUAUCGAUGGUGUUUGACAAGCUGCCAGGAAAUAUGAAAAAGUCUUUUGAUGAGAAUUCCGAGGAGUUUGAAUGAAACAUCAGGUAUCGUUAGAUCAUCGUUAGAGUUUAAACGCCACAGCAAUAACUGGAUCUCAAUUAAAUUGUGCCUUAAUUUACAUA